AUGUUGAGCAAGGAAGUAUUGCUGUCUCGCUUGGAUGAAUACAUAGACCCACAUAUCCGUCUCAAGUGCAUCAUCGCUGUUGUUGCCACAUUGAGUCUGGCUAUGAUGGAACACAUUUUCUCAAUCAUCUCCAAAUUCACAGUUUUAAUGAACUGCGAGAAGAAUAUUGACCAAUUAUUAAAAGAUUAUGUAGAUAAUCACUUACCUCGGAUGUUUGAACUGGGGUCAGAAUACAAUAUGGUGGUCGGAAUACUUAUUAUGUUCACAAACCUAGUGAGUGCCAUGAAUUGGAACUACUCUCAUGUAUACAUCAUUUGUUUAAGUCUCUAUUUGACGUCUAUAAUCGAACAGGUGAAUAAGAAAUUAAUCUCAGGUGAAGGUCAGAUGCCUAUCGGUAAAAUUGAACCUUUCAAUUUGAGUUCGAAGCAGUGGCCUGCGUAUAUACGACGAGUAAAUCAGUACAUUAAAUUGAACGAAAUUGGUGACGAUUUAAAGGUGUCCAUGUUGAUAACGGUCGUCGGCGAAGAAACAUACGCGUUGAUGUGCGAUCUAUGUGCUCCGAGUUUCCCUGAAAAUAAAACUUAUGAACAAUUAAUACAAAUUGUGACGGAACAUUUGGAACUCCAGCGUUCCGAGAUCGCCGAGAGACACGUGUUUAGAUUACGACGUCAGCGUGCCGGCGAAUCGCUCACUGAGUACCUACAGGCGUUAAAGCAUCUCGCGGCUACUUGCAAUUUUGGUAAAUGCAGUUCGUGUUCAACUCUGGAGGAGAACCUGCGCGAUCAAUUCGUGUCGGGACUAUCGAACGAUGCGAUGCGUUCCAGAAUAUUCGCCGAGAAAAAAAUUCAGUACAGGGAGGCCGUGGAACUCGCGCUAGCUUUAGAGGCUGCGGAGAAGCAUGCAGAAGUGAGCGGCUCCACCGGGGCGGGGACGACGGAUUCAACGGCAGCGGCGAGCGGCGAGGCGGGCGAGGGCCUGCACUACGCGCGCGGCGGCGGCGGCUCGGCCGGCCAGCGCGCGCGGCCGCUGCGGGCUGCAGGCGCGCGGGGCGCGGGCCGCACGCUCGAGGCGCGGCCGGCCGCCGGCGCGGAGGCGCUAGGGCACCGCGGGCGCAACUGUUGGCGCUGCGGCAAGGCGCAUGCGGCAGAAAAGUGUCGGUUUAAGCAUUACAACUGUGAUGAGUGCGGCCAGCGAGGCCAUAUAAAAGUGAUGUGCAAACGUGUGUCAGGUCGGCAAAAUUUCGUAAGCGACGAGUCGGACGACGACGGUUUGUACAACAUCGACGUUACUACACGAGGUAACCAACCAUUCUUUGUUGACUUGUUAAUUGACAAUAAACUUAUUCAAUGUGAAGUGGACACGGGCAGUCGUAUUUCGGCAAUAAGCGAGGAUAUGUAUAAUCGUUUGUUCUCGCAUAAAUUAAUAAAAGCUGAUAAUUUAAUUUUACGUUGUUAUUCGGGUUCGCGAAUUCAAUCUCUGGGUUUCAUCGAGGUGGAUGUACGUCUGGGCAGAGUGUAUAAAAAAGAAUUACGAUUAUAUGUAAUUAAACAGGGAGCACGGCCUUUGUUAGGAAGAGAGUGGAUGCAUGCGUUAAACAUUACAGAAAUCCGCCUCAAUGAAAUCAGUGAGGAUGAAUUCGUGAACCAGUUAUGCAAAGAAUUCCCAGAAGUAUUUUGUGAUAAGUUAGGUACUUGUAAACAAACAAUUCGAUUACGACUCGCGGAUAACGAACCGGUUUAUGUGCGAGCGAGACCGGUGCCGCUAGCGCUGCGCGAGAGGGUUGAGAAGGAGCUAGCUCGUCUCGAGGCGGACGGCUCGAUCUACCGCGUUGAAUAUUCAGACUACGGGACCCCGAUCGUACCCGUUGUAAAAAAGAAUGGGGAAAUUCGAAUCUGUGGUGAUUACAAAAUUACAAUUAAUCCAAAAUUAAAGAGGGAUUUUUAUCCGUUACCGCGUAUUGAAGAAUUGUUUGCUAGCUUAAGGGGAGGUGAGAAAUUUACAAAGAUUGAUUUAACACACGCUUAUGAACAGUGUAUUCUUUCGGAUGAUUCACAACCGUACACCGCUAUCACUACGCAUAUGGGCACGUUUGCAUACCGGCGCACCCCGUACGGUUUAUCUUGUAUACCCGAAAAAUUUCAAAAAUUAAUGGAAGAAACCCUCCGGGGAGUGACGGGAUGUGUCGUAUUUUUAGAUGAUAUCUGUAUAACGGGUUCUAAUAAUUCGGAACAUAUGAAAAAUUUGAAAUUAGUGCUCGAACGGUUACGGGAAAUGGGGCUCACUGUUAAAUUAAGGUUUAUUAUAAAUAAGGAGGGAUUACGGCCGGAUCCAGAAAAGUUAGAAGCUAUUUCCAGUGCACCCACACCUAAUAAUGUUUCGCAACUUAAGAGUUUCCUAGGCAUGCUUAACUAUUACGGUCGAUUUAUUCCUAAUUUAAGUACUAUAUUACAACCUUUACAUAAUUUAUUAAAAAAGGACGUGAACUGGAAAUGGGAUUCAAACUGUAGGGAAGCGUUUAAUGAAGCAAAGCGAUCACUCUUAAGUGAACGGUGUUUGGCACAUUACGAGGAAGGACGCGAGUUAGUAUUAGCGGUGGAUAGUAGCGCGUACGGGCUGGGCGCUGUGCUGGCGCAUCGCUACGCGGACGGCAGCGAGCGGCCGGUAAGCUGUGUGUCGCGCACGCUUAACUCGGCUGAACGUAAUUACAGCCAACUUGACAAAGAAGCGCUCGCUAUUUUUUUCGGUGUAACGAAACACCACCAGUAUUUAUUCGGUAGACGAUUCACAUUACGCACAGAUCACCAACCACUAACAUAUAUUUUUGGCAGUAAGGGCGGUGUUCCGCAGACGGCAGCGAGCCGUUUGCAGCGAUGGGCAGCGCGUCUGGCUGCAUACGAUUUUAAGAUUGAAUUUGUUAGGUCGGCGGACAACGGGCCGGCUGAUGCGUUAUCGAGGUUACCGUUAACACGAGAGGGUCGCAUUACAGACUCAGUAGAUUAUUUAAAUUUAGUUGCGGACGCAUUACCUGUUUGUUACAGUGAUGUCGCUGCGGAAACGGAACGUGACAACUUAUUGUGUAAAAUUAAGCGGUAUAUCAUUUUUGGCUGGCCGCUUAGUCCGAGUUGCGAUGAGGAGAAACCCUAUUUUGCUAGAAAACAGGAUUUUGUAGUGGAAAAGGGGUGCGUUAUAUAUAAAUAUAGAAUAGUCAUUCCUUACGCUUUACAAAACAAGAUUUUAGAGGAGAUUCAUGAGGGGCACCUUGGUAUGAAUAAAAUGAAAACUUUAUCACGAAAUUAUGUAUACUGGGCGAGUUUAGAUAAGGAUAUUGAAGAAACAUGUAGGUCGUGUGCGGCGUGCCGCUCGGUGCUGGACGCGCCGGCGCGCGCACAGCUACACCCGUGGGAGUUCCCGUUGCACCCGUGGCAGCGCGUUCACGCAGAUUUUGCAGAUUGCGGGGGUGUACGCUAUUUAAUUUUAGUGGACGCACAUUCUAAGUGGAUUGAAGCUUAUCCAAUGCGGUAUACGAAUGCAGAUUUCACUAUAAAAGUUUUGAGAGGCAUAUUCGCAAGGUUCGGUCUACCAUCGCAACUUGUAACUGAUAACGGUCCACCCUUUUCUUCGUAUGAGUUUAAGACUUACUGUAAAAAUAAUUGUAUUAGGCACACGACUUCGGCCCCUUAUCGGCCACAAGGGAACGGGGCGGCGGAAAACGCCGUUAAAAUAAUUAAAAAAACAAUUAAAAGAGCGUUAUUUGAAGGCGAGGACGUGAGCACAGCACUAAAUAAAUUUCUUUUUAAAUAUCGCAAUUGUGAGCACGCCACGACGGGUAUAUCACCAGCAUUAGCACUACAAGGACGACGCCUACGCAGUCGCCUCGACGCAUUGCGACCCGACGUGGCGGCUGCGGUUCGCGAUAAACAGGAAAAGCAAAUCGCGCGCAGUUCGGCGACGCUAAGGGAGUUUAGCGUGGGGGAUGCUGUGCUCGCGAGGGAUUAUAGGUCUAAGGAAGAUAAGUGGGUAGAGGGCACUGUUUCUAAAAAGACAGGGCCGGUUUCAUAUAAAGUCGAGUUAGGGAACGGUAUCGAGUGGCGAAGGCACGUCGAUCAAAUAAUAUCCGCGAAAAAUAGGUUCUCGUUAACACGGACAAAUGCCACCUGUGCAAACGACGCGGGUGACCUUGAGGCCGGUAAAAAAAUCGAGGGGGAGACGUGGGAAGACGCAGCCAGUGGUGACGAAACAAAUCACCAGUCAGAGACUGCAGGGCUGUCCCCACCGGCCCGCGUAGAGGCGGCACCAACGGCGUCGCAGUAUCUGCCAUCAUCAUAUUGGAAGGUCCUCAGAGAAGACUACAGCAGAGCAACGCGCCUGGUUAAAAUAUUCGAUGAUUAUAUAAACAGCAUCACUCUUGUAGCCUUUGCUAGUAAUCUAUUUUUCGUCUGUUUGCGCAUUUAUUAUGUCUUGGCAUUCAGACCGUUCAAUGGCUACGAGCACAUAGUGUAUUAUACAUUUUCACUGACGUUUGUGCUCGCUCGCUCGCUCGCUGUGUCGCUGAUCGCUUCGAAGGUUCACGCCGCGUCUUUAGUGGCCGCACCGAUAUUGUAUAGUGUGCCGUCACCCGUUUAUUGUAUUGAAGUGCAGAGGUUCAUCGAGCAAGUCCACGGGGAUACAGUAGCACUCACUGGAAUGAAUUUUUUCUACGUCACACGACAGCUCGUGCUCUCUGUAGCGGGAACAAUAAUUACUUACGAGCUAGUGAUGCUGCAGUUUAAUGUUGAUAGCCCUUUGCAGUGA